UAGAUGUAAUUUUUCUUUUAAUCAUUUGGACAAAUCUGAGUAACGUUUCUUUGCAAGAAAGUUCAUAUGGUCAUUAAACAUAACUUGAUGUGUCUUCGAGAGUUUUGUGGCUUUCACUGUUAUAAAAUAUCUUAAUCUGUCGUCUAUUCAUAGUAUAAGUAUACGUUUAAUAUUUAAAAUAUCUUAUUGACAAGGUUAAUUGUAUAAUCUACGUAUACAGAUUUCGCUUUUACUUUCAAAUAUCGGUAUCAUGAAACCUACAGGGGAAACUAAAGUUUCUGGCGCCAAAAUUACUACUUCAGAGGCUAAGGUCAGAAAGUCUUUGCACGUUUUGCAGCCAGCAGCUACAGACAAAGAAAAUCUGGUGGGUGGUGGAAGGAUGUUCAAAGCAGAUUUGCCAUUCAAAGAUGCAUUAAAAAAGGAUAUUAAAAACACAUCGGAGAAAUCGAAAAAAGAAAGAAAAACACGUAAAAAAAUCGUUUACAAACAUAAGGCAGUUCAAACAGCGAGAGGAGAAAAGAUUAAAAUCGAAGUAGAAGAUUUGACCUCUGAAGCUGGUCCAAGUGAGAAUUAUUGGGAAGUACUAGCAGAAAGACGACGAAUAGCUCUUGAUGAUGCUUUAGAAGAAAAUAAAGAAUUACACGAACGCAUAUCAAAAUUGCAGGAAGAAAAUCGUUUAUGUAAAGAAAUGUUGGACGAAACACGGGCAUUGGUUGAAGUAUUACAAGAAAUGAUUGGAGAUGAUAGAAAUGACAUAAACAAUUCUUUGGAAGAUAGUGCUCUUUAAUUUUAUAUUAGAUGUUUAAGAGUAAUAAAAAUAUGUUUUAUACAUUAUCUCCAUAUUGGAGAAAAGCUUAAACAGAGA